AUGGAGCGCUAUCAGAUUUCAUUGAAUGCUAUUGAUUUGCCAAAUCCUAGUGGCUUCUUUCAGAAGUCCUCGCCGUACGCAAAGGUGAAAGUAGUUUCAGGUUCUAGGGAAGGAACGGAGCUUGGCACGACAGAAUGUGUUCCAAAUUCUUCUCCAGACUGGUCGAAAAUAUUCUUCCUUGACUUUGAUUCAAGUGAGGUAACAAGCCUGGAAGUGUCCAUUUUCUCAAAAGUUGAAAGGGGAAAGGACUCGUUUAUCGGUAAAGCAACAUUUGAAGCAACCACUGUUUUCCAGGAGCCUGGGCGAACUUCAUCAGAGCAAAUUGGUCGACGCACAGCCAGCAGGUUAUUUUUGCAUGUGGAAAAGAGCCGAAUCGGAAAUUCUAUAGGCAAAAUCAAGCUGCGGCUCAGGGGACUGGAUAUGAAAAACGUUGAGCCCGGAAUCUUUGGUCUGGGCCGUUCUGACCCAUUUUAUGAAGUCUCGAAAAAAGAUUCUGACUACUCCGUGGCCCACGUGAAAUGGAACGUGGUUUACAGAUCCGAAACUGUUCACAAUCAUCUGAACCCAUUAUGGGCUGCUGCAAAUAUUGGCUUAGAAGAGUUGUGCUACGGUAAACUCGAUUGGCCAUUGAGAAUCCAAGUACUUGAUUACAACAACAAUGGAAAACACACGGUGAUAGGAGAGUACGAAACCACUGUGACAGAGCUACAAUCUCAUAUCUCUGUAAAAGGAAACGCUGAUAGAGAUCAAGCUAUUCAGCUGGGACGGGAAGAGAAGAACAAAACCUACGGACUCCUUUGUGUCCUCGAGGCGACCUUGUUGUUGUUGGAAUAA